AAGCAAAGGCGCCGAACAGGACAGGGGCCGAAGCAGAAGUGCCUGCUUGCUUUCUGUUUGCUUUCAUUCUGCGCACUCUGGAGGUGCUGCGGUGAGGCCGCGGCCCUCUGCUCCCUUGCAGGAGCAAAGCCCCAGUGCGGGGCAAUUCCUGCAGCCCGGGAGCUCCAGGGCCACCCGGCGGGAAGGGGCUGCAGGUUGGGCUUCUAAGAGCCCCGGUGCUCAGCAUGGAGAGCUCUGCUAAAUCCAAAGUUCCAUGCGGUGCUGCAGGCCGGAGGGCGGGAAUGGAACGCUGGGACUGUUGCAUCACAAUGAGAGGUCCUGCGUGUCACAGAGGGGGGCCUGCAGGAGGUCAGCUGGCAUGCCAUGAGCAGAGCCGGCCUCAUUCCUCCUGCGCAAGCGACGGAGCAUCACCGGAGCACGAGUGGAGGAGCAUCGCUGUGAUCAUGGAGAGCCCCAGCUCUCCAGGACCGCUUGGGAUGGCCAUGCAGCUGAAGCUGAUGCUGCAGUUCUGCCUGGCCUCAAUCGUGCUGCUGCCCUUCCGGCAGCUGCAGAAGUUCUGUCGGAGGUUGGGGAAGAAGAGGACAGAGAUGAGUACCCAGAUGGAGGAGGGGAGAGAUGCCUGGCGGAAGGACGGAGCAGCGGGGAUGGCGUCGCCAACCUGGGAACAGCGGACGAACCCAGACGAAAGGCGUACGAAGCUCCGCUGGGCCCCGCUGGCAUCCAUGGAGUCCCUGGGCUCCCUGGCUGCUUCUUCUUCUUCCUCCUUUUCCUCCCUCUACUCCUUACCAGAGCCCUGGCCUGGAGCUCUGUCAGAGUUGGCUGCUCUUAUCCCUCGGACCGACCAAGAGCCACAACCAGAGUCAAAGGCAGAGCGAGAGGAAGAGCGAGAGCUGGAGUCAGAGGUGGAGACGCAGCCGGCCCUGAGCCCCAGCCCUGAGACCCCGGCUCUUCCGGCAGCAGCCCCCAGCCCCCUUCAUUCCGUGGGUCCGAGCAAGCAGAUCUCCCCCAGGGAUGGAGUGCAGAGCCCCACGGAGCCCGAAUACUCCCACACGGAGCUCAUCCAGGAGCUGCUCCAAGUCAUCCGGGAAAACCAGGCAGCCGUUGAGCGCCGCAGCCAACUGCUGCAGGCACUGCUGGAGCGGCAGGGAGUGGCUGGGACCCCCAGGGAGCCCUCAGCACAGGAGCCUCCAGCACAGAAUCCUCCCACCCAGGAGCCCCCAGCCCAGGAGCUGUUAGAACAGGCGCCACCAGUCCAGGAGCCCCCCGGCAUCCAUCUGCAUAUACAGAUGGAUGUUGUUGGUACUGGGAGGUGGCAGUCGCUGGAGAUGGACAGCAUGGAUAUGGACACAGAUACGGAUACGGACGAGAACACAUCGAGAGAUCUGCUGAUAGACACUGAAGGUCACGGGAGCGCCACAAAGGAGCUGGACCCGAGAGUCUCGACGGAGCCAAGCAGGAGCAGCCCUACAGGGUUCCGCUGGGGUCCCACGGGCUCAGCCCACCUGCAGGUGAACCCAGGGCUGUGCUGGGCCGGGCAAUGCCUGCAGGCUUGCUGCUCCAGGCUGUGGCGGUGGCUGCAGGAGUGCUGGAGGCGCCGCCGUGCACAGCUCUGAGCGGGGAGGAAGAGCCUCCGAGGCCGAGUGCGAGGUCCAGCACCGCUACAGCCCCACCGCGCUCCCCCGGUUCAGAGCAGUGAAGGUUUCCCUUCCAAUCCUGGGCUCAGGCAGCCCAGCAGUGCCCUGAGCAGCCGUGGGGCCGCAUCCAGCCUGGGGCUGCAUCGCAGAACUGCAGAACCACAUCCCAGUCCGGGUGGGAAGGGCCCUCGAAGCCGACCCUGUGCCAACUCCAUGGGCAGGGGCUGCUCUUGACAGCCAGAUGGCAAAGUUCCCUCUGUGGGAAUGCAGUCUUGCUUCUACAGAAGAACAAGGGAAGAAUUUCAUGUCACAGCCAUCCAGCUUCACAGAGAUUGGGUGCAUGGAGUAAUUUGUACAAAGAGAGAGAGACUGCAAGUCAAUCAGCACUGCACACGUACAGCUAGCAACACUUCAUGUUAGCCAGUGGGAAUACAUCUGUGUAAUACUGCAUCGUGUGCUCAGAUGCACUGCACGAAUAUCCUGCCCAGGAGAAGGAUGACAGCAGAGCACCAGGCAUGGCGUGCCUGAGGAAGUGCUGGCAGCCCCCGGCGCUCUGUGUGACCAAGAACCGUCCUUUGGGCAGCAAGGAGCAGCCUGGGCCACAAUCACCUCAGCAGGAGCAUAAGAAGGGCGCUGAGACGUCCAGGAAACAACGGGAUGGCGGCCGGUUGGCACCAGGCAGACUGAGAGUUACCAGAGUCAGAACAGAAUUCAGAAAUGGAAAUGGAAAUCUCCUGCUUGCAGGACGGCCGCCACUGCAACAGCCAAUAAAAUCUGAUUCCAUCACAGGCAUCGUCCUGAGCAAUUUCUGGACCCUUCUGUCACCUCUGCAGCAUGGGGCUCUGCGGUGAUGGGCACCUGUGCUUCUCGCUGCCAGGACCUCACCGCCCUCAGCUGAAUGGCGCCUCAUAUCUCGCCUGAAUCCCCUCUUUUAGCCUGAAGCCAAUGCUGCUCUGCGGCAGCUGAGGCAUGGAGUGAGAUGGGAACGAUCCGUAUUCAAAUCCAUGCUCUUCUCUGCAGGCUCUGACAGGCCUUACGCUCAUCUCCAAGCUCCCUCCUGCGGCCUCCGGCCCCCUGCGUGUCCACACAACACUCACCAAGUCUCCCUCAGCCCUGCACACCGGCUGCCCUCGCAGUGCCACCCCAUCACAGCCACACGUGGCUUCUGCUCCCGUGCUGCUCCUCCAUACAGGGUGGUCGCCAGACGGGGCUUUGCCCCACGUCUGCUCUGCUCCCCUGCACACAUCCUGUCUUCUCUGUGUCCUCUUACAUGCCUGUCAGUGUUGGUUCUCAGCCUGCAUUCUGAGCGUUGUCUGCAACCCCAGCAUCUCCCCCUGUGGUGUCUAUUAACAGACUGUUGAUACAGGACCAAAAACAAUGGCACUGUGUGCCUUAACGAGGAACUAAUGACACUGUAGAGUCAUAGAAUGGCCUGGGCUGCAAAUGAGCACAGCGCUCAUCCAGCUCCAAGCCCUGCUGUGUGCAGGUCGCCAAGCAGCAGCCCAGGCUGCCCAGAGCCACAUCCAGCCUGGCCUUGAAUGCCUGUAGGGAUGGGGCAUCCACAGCCUCCUUGGGCAACCUGUGCCAGU